CUGCCCGCGCUGCAGGCGGAGGCUCCGGGCGUGACACGUGCGGGGAGGCCGGGGGCGCGGGGCGCAGCCCGUACGGGGCAGGAGGAGCCAGGAGCCCCCAGGGCUGCUCCGGCAGAUCCGGCCAGGGCUGGGGCCGGCCACGUCCGGCCUGUCUCCUUCCCCGCGGGCCCCGGGACCGGCCGCUGCGGGCAGCGCUUGCGAGCGCGGGGAGAGCCCGAGCCCAGGCCCCGGCGGGACGGGGCGGCUCCCGGGCAGACGGUGUCGGCGGCGCCGGGGGCAGCCUGCGCCUUCCCGGGCAGCCCGAGGGGACACCGGGGCGGCUCCGGGCAGGAGCGGAGGGGGCAGGACACGUCCCUCGUGUCAUCCGGGCCGGGGUGUCCCCAGGGUGGUCGGCACCACAGCCAGUAAAGCAGCGGCUGCAGGAGGAGCCGGUCCAACAUCAGGAGAUGCAGGGGCAGGAGAUGAAUCAGGCCGUGCAGCCACCUUGUCACCCUGAGAUUCCCCCAGAGACAGCACCGCGGCACGACCUCCGCACCCCAGAGACCUGGCGCCAGCGCUUCCGGGCCGUCCGCUGCCUGGAAGCCAAGGGGCUGCAGGAGGUUUUUAGCCGGCUGCGGGAGCUGGCCCAGCGCUGGCUGGAGCCCCAGCGCCGCAGCAAGGAGCAGAUGCUGGAGCUGGUGGUGCUGGAGCAGUUCCUGGCCAUCCUGCCCCGGGAGAUGCAGAGCUGGGAGUGGGGGCGCGGCGUGGAGACCUGCGCUGAAGCUGCGACCCUGGCCGAGGGAUUCCUGGUGGGGCAGGAGGAAGAUGAGAUGCUCCAGUGGAAAUCAUUUCAUCCUGGUCAUGGGUGCUGCUCUCCCCAUCCCAAUGUUCUUGGUGGAUGGGCCCGUCAUACUGACAGGCACCUGGAGGAGUCAGGAGAGAUUGAAAACCUGGGGCCUCAGGACAAGUCAUCUGACAUCCCCAGAGAGGAUCCCUCGCCCCCCCAGGAGCCAGGUGCUGGGACCCUGAGCAGAGCGGAGCAGCAGCCUCCUGAGGCGGGGCCUGGAAACCUGGAGCUGCAGAGGACUUCCCCAGGGAGACCGGAGGAGAGGAGCUCCCUGACAUCUGAGCCGGGCCAACUUUGGGAGGUGUUUGAGGACGUGGCCGUGUAUUUCACACUGAAGGAGUGGGAGCUGCUGGAUGAUGACGACAAGGUGCUUUACCAGGACCAGAUGCUGAAGAAUUACCAAGCCCUCGUUUCUCUGGGAUAUCAAGGUCCCACACCUGACUUAAUCUGCAGCAUCCAGGAAGGACAGGUGGAGCUCUGGGUCUGUGACGGUGAGGACCAUGGGGAAAUCUCAAGAUCAGAGGACCUCCUGCCAGGAGGUGCCUGGAUGCUGAGCAGAGCUGAGGAGCAACCUCCUGUGGGAGGGCCUGCAGACCUGGAGCCAGCAUGGGCUUCCCUAGGGAGUUAUGUCAAGAUGGACUUCCUGAGAUCAGAGAGAGAGCAAUGGCACAAGAGUCAGGGGAGGCCACAAAACCAGAAGGAGAAUGUAGCAAUAAACCAGGUACCAUCUGCAUUUGAGCAUGAGAGCAGAGAAGGGACAGAGCCUAGAAAGAGCCCUGGGUGCAGGGAACAAUUUAUUGAGCUGAGAGAGACAGGAGAGAAGCCACAUCAGUGUUCGGUGUGUAGGAAGAGCUUCUCCCGAUCCUAUAACCUGGCCCAGCACCAGCUUAUCCACACAGGGGAGAAGCCACAUCAGUGCUUGGUGUGCGGAAAGAGAUUCGCCCGAUCCUCUAACCUGGCCCAACACCAGCUUACCCACACAGGGGAAAAGUCACAUCAGUGCUUGGUGUGUGGGAAGAGCUUCACCCAAUCCUACCUGACCAAACACCAGCUCAUCCACACGGGGGAGAAGCCAUAUCGGUGUCCAGAGUGUGGGAAAAGCUUCAACCGACCCUGUAAACUGGCCCGGCACCGGGUCAUCCACACCGGGGAGAAGCCACAUCAGUGCUUGGAGUGUGGGAAGAGCUUCACCCAGUCCUCCACCCUAGCCCGUCAUCGGCUCAUCCACACAGGGGAGAAGCCGUAUCAGUGCUCGGAGUGUGGUAGGAAUUUCACCCGAUCCUCCCACCUGACCCAGCACCAGCUCAUCCACACAGAGAAGAAACCACAUUAGUGCUGUGUGUGGGAAGUGCUUCCUCCACUCCUCCAAACUAGCCUUGCACCAGUGCAUCCCUGUGCGGAGUGUCCAUAAUUCUGCCAGCAAUACAGGAAGGAUUUGGGGAUGUAUACCUGCUCAGCACCCAGCAGUGUCUGCAUCCAGGGAAGCAGUUUCAUGCUGGUGCACUGUAGCAACAGCUCACGCUUUGUUCAUUCCUUCGAGGGCACUUCAGAACCCGAAGGACACAGGCUGGCCUCCCAAGCCCGAUGUGGGUGAAUGGUUAAAAGGAAACACUUCACGCGGAGGGCAGCCCCUGUGCUGGGGGAACCUGUGAGGAGAAGAUCUUUGCAUCAGCCUUGGAGCCUGUGCCAUCCCCAUCAUUCUCUACAAGCAGUCAGCGCUCCCAGCAGGUGAAGAAUUGCCUUCACAAUAGGUGCCUUCCCCAAGAUAGCUGGCUGCAAACGACACCCAGGGACUGUCUUUGGCUGACUCCCAGCUUCGACUUCCCUCCUGGCCCCAGGGUUCUUGUAUUUGAAGCUCUGGAGUUGCAGGAAGGAGAAAAUUUAUUGCUAGGGAACCAUUCCCUGCCUUCCACCCUGACCUUACCUUUCCUCCCCCCGCAUCACCCCUCUCCCAGGUCUGCACAUGCCCAUCGGAGUCUGCAAGAAACUGCUGCUGCUACCCCAUGAGCCCAAUUUUGGCAGAUUUUGCUUUUCAGCCCAUCAGACCUCUGCACCACCAGGUGCAAGCUUCCCCCCUGCCCUCCUUCCUUUCAUGCCUUUCUCUGUAACAGAGUCCUUGGUAAUGAAGCCCCACAACUUAACAUGAUAUCCCUGUGCGUUGGUCACUAUGUCCUCUCCAGAGCUGUGACAUGGGAACAGACCAGGGCCCAGAACCCUUUUCAUCAAAGAUGCCUGUGGUUUCUCAGCCCCUUCCCUUUCCCAAGGAUUCACUACAGUCCAGGGGUCUUUGCUAAGCCUCGUGAGCAGGAGUUGGUCACAUUUGAGGCAUCAGGCCCAUGUCCUGUUGUGCAGCCAAGAACCCUGUGGUUUUGAAUGAACAUCUGGCCGGGGGGAGUAGAGUAGGGUCUUUUCUGGGUUAAAUGUGAUAGUAGGGGUAAAGGAGGUGCAGCCUGUGACAAGUCCUGCCUCUUCUGUGGAAGGGUGGGGAAAGAAGGAAGGCACCCAUCGUGUGGGUGAAAUGCAGCAUGUUGUAAUCUCCCACUGGGAAAACAGGCUUCCCUGCUAGUGCCAAAGCCAUUUGGCUCUAUGAGUGCCCUGUAGGGGCUGCUCCAUGUGCUUAAUAAUAACCCAUGUUGGAACACACUCAUUCAUUUCUAUAAUUGUCCUUUCUGCUGAUACCCCCCCAGCUUAUAAAACUUGUCCCCUCCCUGUUUCCCUAUAUUAGUGUUUAAGAAAAUAACCUUUUGACUGAGGAAUGAAGCUCAGUGGUUUGGGAGAAGGGCUGGUUUGUCUUAUUGGAGGUGGCCACAGAUAGAAGGGAGGGAAUGGGAGUUUGUUCAACACAUUGUCAGUGUGUCUGUUACUUGCUGAAUUUCUAAUGGGCGGUAAAGGUCGGGGGCAGUGCAUGUAAGUGAGGGAGUGUGUGUCAAAAGAACUGAAAUCCUGACCAACCCUUUUCAAGAGGGGAGCAUGGUUGCUGAUCAGUUAAGGUUCCCUGAUGUUUCUUUGCAAGACCUGAAGCAUUGGAUCGGGCGCCUCCGAGCUGGGGCAGCUCUUGGCCUGCCUGCCGUGGAGGAAAAAACCGGGCCCCCCACAGGUCAGGGGAUGCUUGGCCUGCCUGCAGCUCACCCCCUGGCUGAGGGAGAGAUGGUCAGGCUCCAUGGGGGAAAAAAAAAGGAUCAGGCCCCUUGCCCCUUCUGCCUUCAGGCCACUUCUCCCACAGCUGAGGCAUCAGCUGUCAGAUGAAAGGCUGCAAUUUUUUCAAGUAGCUAUGUUGCAAACUAAACUAUAUGCGGAUGUGGUUUAGUUUGCAACAUAACAGAACUCAUAUAAAACACAAAAAACCCUGUAUGUGUUAAGUGUGGCACAAUUAAACAACAAAAAUGGGCAAUAUUUGUCAUAUGUACAAGUACCCUCCAUGAUAAGGGUUACCAUACAUCCGGGUUUUCCCAGACAUGUCCUUUUUUUUUUAGUCCUAUGACCUCCAUCUGGGCAGUUUUUUUAAAUACAAACGUCCAGGAUUUCCUCUGAUAGUCCUUUUUCAACAUGGAUGUUGGUAGGUAGAACUACAUCUCCUGGCUUGCCCAGCACCGAGCAUGUUUGGGAUCUGAGUUUUCUGUUUCCUGCUUUAAAAUGCAGGGCUACUUGGGGCAAAUGGAAGCAGGGAGCACCAUGUGCAUCUGUGUGCGCACAUGCACGUGUUCAGCAUAUAGCCAGGCAGGGUAGUGGGAGCAGCCCUGGCAGCAGGAUACACGUAAGCCUUUAGGGAGUGGGGGUUGGACUCUCCAGGGCUUGGGGACAGUCUGGGUCACCGGACUGAGAAGCAGGCAGCAGGGACCCUAGUGGACUUAGGUGCCUCCUUUGCUCGUAUUCAACCCUGCUCAGGGCCCUGAUGACAAAUGCUUAUGCAGGGUUACCAUAUUUCCAGUUCCAAAAAAGAGUACGACUUAAUCUGGGGUCAUGGAGGGGAAGGGGGAAAUUUCCCCCAAAUCCCAAAUUCUGUGAUUAAAAAACCCCAAAUUCACAUUUUUCCAUGAUUAAAAUAAAAUGCCUCUCUAUAUCUGUAUCAGUUUAACACAAUGUUUUAUUGAUAUAUCUACAAUUUUAAACAGCUUCAAAUCCUACCAGUCCCUCAAUCAUAAUAAAAUACGUUCUAAAUACCUAUA